AUGCCUCCAGCGAUUCGAGCCCCGGUGCCCUCGACGAGCCUGCUGCGGUUUCUGCGAUCGCAAACGGAGGCCUCUUCGAUUUUCAGUCGGACUCAAUGUGCUGAAGCAGCGGCUGCUGCCAUUCGACCCAGCUCAGUCCGACCGGCCCCGAAUCCCCAAUGCCUUGCAAGGAGACUUUCUAGGAUAGGGACGAGGUCGAUUUCGACAAGCUGUAGGGGACCCGAGCUCCUCCCAGCUUCACCUCUCAGCUCCAACUCCGUCACCACCCGGGUGAGCCGCAAGCGCAGGGCAACCGAAUUACCCUCCUCGCCCGUCGCAUUCUUCAGCACAACCUGCGCGAGACGAGAUGCCUGCGGCGACGACUCCUCGGCGCCGCCCCGGACGUGGAAGGAGAGGCUCUGGGGUGUAAGAGGCCGGAGAGGAGCCAAGGCGCUGAAGCCGAACGACCUCCCCUUCCACGACGAUGGCGAAGCCGGCUCCAUGUUCAACAGCCGCCGCAUACUGACGGCGAAGGCCGCGCUGGAACCCAGAUUGCGAUGCACUGAGGUGGACGAGAACGGCGAGGUGAUUUUGGUGGAUGGCGAGUUCAAGAAGACGGAGCUCAUCGCAAAGUACGGACUGCUACCCCGCGACCUGCGAAAGAUUGAUUCCUCCAAUCUGCCUCACAUCCUCGUCCGCCAGUCCGCGAUCCUUCUCAACUUGCUUCACCUGAAGGUCCUGAUCAAGAAGGACCGCGUGCUGCUCUUCGACGUGUACGGCUCCAAGACGUCAUACCCGCAGUCGGCCUUCAUGUACGACCUGCAGGGCAAGCUCAAGCAGAAGAACGUCCAGGGCGGCGUCAACGGCCUGCCGUACGAGUUCCGCGCCCUCGAGGCGGUGUUGACCUCCGUCACCUCGGAGCUCGAGGCCGACUUCGAGUCCGUACGGGACCCCGUCAUCCGCCUCCUCAGCGAGCUUGAGGACGACAUCGACCGGCACAAGCUGCGUGUCCUGCUCAUCCUGUCCAAGCGGGUGAGUACCUUUGAGCAGAAGGCCAAGCUCGUGCGCGACGCCAUCGAGGAGCUGCUCGAGGCCGACGACGACCUUGCCGCCAUGUACCUGACCGAGAAGGCGCACGACCUCUACCGCGGCAUCGACGACCACACCGAGGUGGAGCUGCUGCUCGAGUCGUACAACAAGCUCUGCGACGAAAUCGUCCAGGAGGCGCAGAACUUGGUGUCUGGCAUCCGCAACACCGAGGAGAUCAUCCGCGCGAUCCUUGACGCCAACCGUAACGCCCUUAUGCUUCUCGACCUCAAAUUCAGCGUCGGCACCCUCGGCUUGGCCAUGGGCACCUUCCUCGCGGGCCUGUACGGCAUGAACCUCGAGAACUUCAUCGAGGACACUAACUGGGGCUUUGCCGGCGUCACAAUCACCUCGACCAUCUGCUCCCUCAUCGUCUGCUGGUACGGCCUCGUCAAGCUGCGCAAGGUCCAGCGCGUCAAGAUGAUGUUUGACGAGCGCGGGCCCCUGACCCGGAGCAGCCGGCAGUUGACUUCGUCGUCGGCGGCGGCGCAGCCGAGCGUCAGCGCGGGCCAGCACUGGUUCCAGGACGACGGCCCCGUGGGCCUGCUCGAUGCCCGGAACCGCGAAAAGUUCCGCCGCGUGACGAACCAGAAGGCCGCCGCGGCCGCCAACGCAAAGAUGACCACCAAAAAGUGGUUCCAGUGA